CUAUUUAUAUCUCCAUUCACACCCACAUGCUCUUCGCCAUUGUCUCUUCUUUCAUACUUAACAACACUCACACAAAUUAAGUUGUUCAAUGGAAAAAGGAGAUUCCAAUGAACUAUACGAUGACGACGGCCGAAUUAAAAGGACAGGGAGCUUAAUGAGUGCAAGUGCACACAUAAUAACAGCGGUUAUAGGAUCAGGAGUGUUGUCACUGGCAUGGUGUUUUGGUCAACUGGGUUGGAUUGCUGGGACUGCUUCUCUUGUGAUUUUUGCGGUCAUCACUUGGUUCACAUGCAUCUUGCUUUCAGACUGUUACAGGUCUCCUGAUCCUGUCACUGGUACCCGAAACUACACUUACAUGCAAGCUGUCAAAGCUAAUCUAGGGGGACUUCAUUACAAAUUUUGUGGAAUGGCUCAAUACGGGAUCCUUAUCGGAGCAACCAUAGGUUACACCAUCACCGCUGCCAUAUCCAUGGCGGCAAUCAAACGGUCAAACUGUUUUCAUACGAAGGGCCACCAUAACGAGUCAUGUCACACGUUAAACAACUCGUAUUUAAUUAUGUUUGCCAUUAUUGAAAUUGUUUUAAGCCAGAUCCCAAACUUUCACAAGCUCACACUCGUUUCCAUCUUGGCAACCAUCAUGUCUUUCACCUAUGCUACAAUUGGCAUCGGUCUCUCCAUCGCCAAAAUUGCAGAAAGUGGGCACCCCAGAACAAGCCUAACAGGAAUACCAGUUGGGAAAGACAUGCCAAGUGUUGAGAAAAUGUGGACAACUUUUUCGGCCAUUGGAGAUAUUGCUUUUGCCUAUUCUUUCUGUCCAGUUCUCCUUGAGAUACAGGACACACUAAGAUCAAGUCCUCCAGAAAACAAAGUGAUGAAAACGGCAUCUACCGUUGGGGUCUCCACUUCUACCUUAUUCUACAUGAUAUGUGGAACCCUCGGUUAUGCAGCAUUCGGUAACGAUGCACCUGGGAAUUAUUUAACUGGCUUUGGAUUUUAUGAGCCUUUUUGGCUCAUCGACUUUGGUAACCUGUGUAUUGUAAUUCAUCUUCUUGGAGCUUAUCAGGUGUUUAUCCAACCAUUCUUUGCAUUUGUGGAAUGCUGGAGCAAUGAAAAAUGGCCUGAAAACAAAUUCAUAAGAAAAGAAUACUUGGUAGGUAAAUUGAGGGUCAGCAUAUUCAGGCUGACAUGGAGGUCAGCAUAUGUGGGUCUAGUGACACUAGUGGCCAUGAUAUUUCCAUUUUUCAAUAGUUUUCUUGGGCUUAUUGGUGCCACUACAUUCUGGCCAUUAACGGUGUAUUUCCCUAUAGAGAUGUAUAUUUCAAAAGCCAAGAUUAAAAAGAAUUGUUGGACAUGGGUUUGGAUGAAGGUAUUAAGCUUCACGUGUUUAAUCGUAUCACUCGUUGCUGCUGCUGGAUCUAUCAGAGGCCUUGUUGUGUCAGUCGAGUCGUUUAAGCUUUUCCAUUCAGUAUCUUAAUUAGACCUGUCAUUCUCAGCCUUUAGUACUGUGAAAUUAAGCAAGUACAAGGACAUUCCUAAAUAAUAGUAAGUUCAGAUUUAGAGAGAUGUGAUUAUUUGUGUCUUUUCCCAUUCUAUGUAAUUGUCUUUCAUUGAAGUGUGAUUCAAUAUUGAUCA